AUGGAUUUCGGCCCCAACGUCGAGUUCUGUCCAUACCGGACGAACUUGUCACAGGUCCAGUACUCUGACUUUUCUAAUAUCCAGUACUUCCAGCAACCCCCCGACUCCGAUGAGGAGGUCUUGGACGAGGAGGACGAGGACGAGCUCCAAGGUGGCGCCUUGGGUGAGGAUCUAGCUGAGGGCCAGUCACAGCCGGCAGAAGCUCCUACGUUAUCCAAGAAAGACAAGAAGAAGCAGAAGAGGGACAAGAAGAAGGCCAAGGACAAGUCAGCGGAAGCAGGCCAGGAGGAGCAGCGAGCCGACCCCGAGCACGACGACAAGAGCGCUGAAUCGUCACCAAGCGGAAAGAAGAAGAAGAGCAAGAAGGGGAAGAAGGACCAAGAGUCGCCGCCCUCUUCCCCGGAGAAGGGCAAGCAAACAUCUGAGGAACCUGCCGACGACUCCCCUAAGGGCAGCCCAUCGAAGAAGAAGAAGGGCAAGAAGGACAAGAAGAGCGGCAAAGGCAGCACGUCCCCUUCGUCGCCCGAGCCUCAGCCUGAGGCAGAAGCGCCAGCGACUGCGUCAGAGCCAGUCGCCGCUGAGGAGUCGACUGAGGGAAAGACACCAGAGGCGAGCGCGGCAGAGGCUUCUCCAGAGCCAGCUUCUCAAGACGCACCCUCUCCCGCUGAAUCCCCUGAGGCUGUCACUGAGGGCGCACCCCUGCCUGCUGUGUCCCCCGAGGCUGCUACCGAGGACGCACCCAAGACCGGCGAUAACGCCGAGCCCCCAGCCGGUGAUGAUGCUGCUUCCAAAGAGGCAGAGCCUGCCGCAGUAGAGGAAGUUCCUGUGGAGGGGCAGCCAGCAGACGAGGCACGGCCUGCGGAUCCAGAGUCCGCCGAGCCGGAAGCGCCAGCGCCAGCUGAAGAGCCUGCUGUUUCGCCACCUGCCGAGGAGUCAACUCCAGCCGAACCUGAGGCUCCAGUCGAGACAACCCCGAUGGAGACUAAGCCGGAGGAAGCUGAAAAGCCCUCCGAGACGGAGGGAGGAGGCGAAGCUAUUGAGGCACCUGCCCCAGUCGACAUUGUUGAGCCGCCUGCUGCUGCCGAGGAGCAGGAAGAGCCCCCAGCUGCAGCCGAGGAUGAGGCAAAGACGGAGGCGCCCGAGGAGGCCAAGCCUGGAGCACCUGAAGAAGCCGCUGCGGAGCCUCCGGUCGAGCCCACUGUCGAAGCUCCGGUAGAAGCACAGCCAGAACCCUCUGAAGACUCCCCUGCUGCGGCCCCUGAAGGAACAGAAGCCGAGUCUGCAGAAGUAGCCCCGGCUGCAGCAACCAAAGAACCUCCCACUGAGCCUCCGGCCGAGCCUACCGUUGAAGCUUCAACAGAGGCAGAGCCAGAAGCGCCUGAAGACUCUGUCCCUGAGCCCGCUGAACUACCUGAGACCGAAUCGCCAGACACGACCAAAAUUGAAGCGCCUGAAGAAUCCAAAGAAAUUUCAGAAGAGGUCGAGGCUGAAGCUGUCGACAAGUCUGCCACCGAAACCGACGAAAAGACUGCGGAAGAGUUUCCCGAAGAACAGACUGCCCAGGUAGAGGCCCAGGAACAGGACGUUGCCCCAGCACCUACAGAAGAGGCACCAGAGGAUGCGCAGCCACCAUCAGGUGAUUCGCAAACUCCCGAACCUCCUGUCCAAGACGGCCCCGCGGAGGCUAGCGAUCCUCCACAGGCGGACGUGCAUACAGAUGAGGGCGUUGACAUCCCUGCAUCCAGCGACGAGGUCCCCGCCGUCGAAGAUAUACAAGCCUCUCCGGAGGAGCCUGAGAAUGAAGCAGCUGAGACAGAAAAGGCUACGGCCUCGCCUGAUGUCAACACUUCCGAGGCGCCUCAGCCUGCGCCGGCUACAGGGGAGCAAGCCGCGGAGGCUCCAGCCUCUGACAGCCAAGAGCCUACAGAAGAGCCAAAGGUCCGGGAACCAGCAGCUGAUGAGUCUCCCACUGCUGAGGAUGCUACCUCGCCCGAAACAACUGAGACCACUACAACUGAGGCUCCUGCUGCUCCCGAAGCUGCUCCCGAAAAUCCCAAGCAAGACGACACCGAUGCUUCAACCAACGCAACACCAGCACCGGCGGAGGGUGAACAGAGCGAGCCUGCUGUCCAAGAGGCGGCAGCCCCAGUUCAAGAGCCUGCUUCGGAGCCCGGCCACUCGGAGGAUCCGACAAUCAACACUGAGGAGUCAGAUCCCGUGCCUGAGACCACCGACGCCGCCGAGAGCCAAGAACCUGCUCCUUCUUCUGCUCCUGAGGACACUGUCCCGGUGGCACAGGCGGAGAAUGAAGCUGCCCAGGAACCACUACCACCACCGCCAGUUGAAGCAGAAGAUGACCCAAAGCCUGAAGAUGCCCCCACAGACGUCGCAGCAGCCCAAGAGCCUGUGGUUGAGUCAGAAGUCAAUGCACCCGAGGAGCAGACUGCCACAACUGAGGAUGCAGAGCCAGUGGUCGACAAAAAUACUGAAGAAAGCCCAGAGCCAGAAGUCACCACUGCCGAGGUCACAGAGACCGCCGAGGCAGCAAAGAACGAUGCAGAGGAUGGCGAAGCUAUUAAGCAAGUCCACUUUGCGGAGAAAGAAGAGGAAAUUGCAGCACCCCCGUCUGCCACUGCCGGUGAUGACUCCGGCGACGCAAACGAGGAGGCGAGCGAUAGCCAAAGCGCUCCCACAGACGGGGAUGAGGCUGUGACUGAGCCUCCCGCUACCCCUGCCACGGAGUCCGAUGUCGAGAAGGCACCGGAGGACACCGGUCCUGAAUCUGUGGAAGAGACGACUCUUGAGGCAAACGGCUCGGCUUCCGACGAUGGGCCUGCAGCGGACGGAGCUGCUGGACCCACGGAAGCAGAGCCUGCUUCGGAGGCAAAGGCCGAAGAGUCGUCUGAUGUCAAGGAGGGACAAGAGGCACAUCAAGAGACUCCUGCACAGGAACAGGCCACGGUAGAGGAGACCUCUGCGGCGGAAGACACCCCGCAAGAGUCUGCAGAGGUCGACGCUCCCGUCGUAGAGCCCACACAUGACGCUCCCAAGGAAGAGGCCGCUGAGGCUGCCCAAGAGCCGCCGUCGGUUGAGCCCCCAGUUGCCGCUGUGGAGGCUCCAGCCGCAGAUGAACCUGCUGAGAUAUCGAGCGACCCCGUUCCUGAAGCAGAGGAACAGGAUCCGGACCCUACAGUAGGGGACACAACGACCGCCGAAGACGCACAGCCAGAGACGUCAGAGGAGCCUGUGCCGGUUCUUGAGGCGGCUCAGGAGCCCGCAGAUAGCCCUCCAGAGGAAACUCCGGCAGUUGAGGCUGCUCCAGAGGCGGCAGAGGUCAGCGACGUUCCUGAAGCGGCUGAGCCUGCGGACGCGAACGCGGAAGCGGAAGCUGCCAAGCAUGAACUCGACGCCUCGGAACCUGCUGAAGGAGAAGCACCGACGGAAGAUUCCCCUGCCGACGCUACUUCAGACUCCAAGGAACCUGAGGCGGUUGCGGCAGAUGCUGUCCCCAAGGACGAAAUGCCUCCGGCCACUGCAGAGGCAUCGCAGCCUCUCGAAGCUGGCGCAGAGACGACUGAGGAGCAACAGACCGAUGAUGUUGCCGCAGCUCCAGAAGAAGACUCUGCAGAGACCAAGACGGCGGAGGAUGAGACUGUUGCCACCGCUGUUGAGGCGUCUACCACAGAAGUUGCGCCUGAUGAGCCAGAGGUGGAAGAUCAACCCCAAGACCACUCUGCACCAGCCGAGAAUACAGAAGUCACUCCAACUGAUACUGCCGAGGACGGCACUCCGGCUACGCAAGACGACGAGACCCAGAAUGUCGCUCCUGAAGAGGCAGAGCCGGAAAUCGCCGAAAAGGUUCAGGAACAGGAUGCGGCUGCAGAAGCUGAUAAUGAUGAGAAGCCAGACCAAGUCGGUGAAGAUGUGGCACCUCCUGCUCGUGAAGAGCCUGUGGAGCCCGACGCUGCAGAGAAGACGGAUGGCCCUGAUCAUGCAAAUCCUGAGGAAGGGGCCCAAGAGGUCAGCGUCGCAACUCCGGAGGCAGAGCACACCGAGGCAGAGGCAGCUGAGCCUGCGUCAGAAGAACCUCAGUCAGCAGAACCAGUCAAGGCAGACGAAGUGGCUGUAGAAGGCGAAUCUUCCCCGCCAGCUGAGGAGAAUGCGGGCGAGAGCACACCCGUCGACUCUGCUGCGGAGGACGCGAAGCCAGACGCUGCUGAUGAGGUUCCCGCGCCCACUGCCGAAGCGGCGAGCGAGGACCAAGCCCCCGUGGCGGACAGCGACUCUGCUCCUCCGAAGGAACCAGAGGCCGAGCCCGCAGAGACAGUGGCCCCAGAGGCAGCGGCCGACGCCGAGCCAAAGGCAGCCGAGGAGCCAGCUGAAGAGCCGACCGAAGAGCCCGUUCAGAAAGCGCCUCCAGCAGAUGAAGCGAAACCUGCCGCCGCGGACGAGCCGGUUGCUCCUGAUGCAGACGAGGUCAGCGCUCAGGUCGACGGCGAAGACGAGCAGGCGCCCGAGCCAAAGCCUGAGGAGCACCAAGACGAAUCGGCGCCUGCUGUGCCCAACGAAGAGGCUGCUGCCGCCCCUGUCGUUGACGACGCUCCAGCAAAUGAAGAGGCGCCUGUUGCUGAAGAAGGCAAGCCUGAAGACGAAGCCGCAGCUGCUGAACCCGCGGAGUCCCAGGAGGAGGCGCCAACAACUACCGAAGCUCCCGCCGAGAACGCCGCCGCAGAUGCGGCGGAGACAGCCGUUGCGGCUCCUGAGCCAGAGGCCAAGGAACCCGCCGAGGCCGCAGAGCCCGCAGAGCCCGCAGAGCCCGCCGAAGCUGCAGUGGAAGCCGCUCCUGCCUCGGACGCCGAACCAGCCCCUGCUGAGGUGGAGACUGCUGAGCCAGAUCCUCAGGUUCCCGAGGAAGUUGUCAUUGAAGCUGAAGCUGAGACCUCUGCGCCUGUGGAAGAGACUACGCCAAUCGAGGAGCCUCCCGCGGUCGAAGAGUCCCCAGCAGUCGAAGGGGAGACUCCAGCAGCGGAAGAAGUCCCUGCAGCCGAGGAGGAGACUCCAGCAACUGAAGAGGCCCCAGCGGUCGAGGAGACUCCCGUUGUUGAGGAGGCCACAGCUGUUGACGAGGCUCCAGCAGCCGAGGAGGAGCCUCCGGCAGUUGAGGAAGUCGCUGCAACCGAGGAGGUGACUCCAGCAGUCGAGGAUACUUCCGUUGUUGAGGAGCGCCCAGCAGUUGAGGAUACCCCCAUUGUCGACGAGACUCCUGCUCUUGAGGAGACCACAGCUGUUGAAGAGGCCAUAGCAGUCGAGGAGGAGACUCCCGCAGCGGAAGAAAUCCCAGCCACCGAGGAGACUCCCGCAGCGGAAGAAAUCCCAGCCACCGAGGAGACUCCCGCAGCGGAAGAAAUCCCAGCCACCGAGGAGACACCGGCGGCCGAUGAGGUCCAAGCGGUCGAGGAAACGCCAGCGGUCGAGGAAACGCCAGCGGUCGAGGAAACGCCAGCGGUCGAGGAAACGCCAGCGGUCGACGAAGGUCCAGUGGUUGAAGAUGCCCCAGCAGCGGAGGAGGAGGCUGCCCCAACUGAAGAAACUCCAGCCGCUGGCGAGGGGUCCGUGGAGCCGCAACAGGAAAGCCAAGCCGAAUCUGCCGCGGCUCCCAUUGAAGACGCCCCCAAAGAGCUGGCUGAAGAUGAGCCAGAGCCGAUCGUCGCUGAUGAGCAGCAAGACGCCGAAGCCGGAGCGGUAGCCGCAGUCCCAGAAGCCGAGGAUGCUCAACCGGAGCCGGAGGCCAAGCCGGAAGAUACGACCAAAGAGGCUACCCAAGCCACCGAGGAGGAAGAAAGCAAGGACACCGUCGGGCCUAUCCCAUUGCCCAAGGAGGAGAAGCACGCAACCCGGUCGAAGAAAGGUGAGGAUCCAAGUUCUUUCAAUGAUACCCCUUUGUGUUUUCAGGAGCGGUCUGGAGACUCCACGCUCCAACCGGUCGUGGAUGUCGAGGACAAUGGCGUUUUGGCGUUGGAUUGCAUCGAACACACAGAUACCCCCCAAACUGUUUUGACGGCGGACGAGAUGGUGGCCCCAUCGACCGGAGCAAACCCAGUUGCGCCAAUUCUGGAGUCUGGAGAAGAGCCACUUGCAACUGGCAGCUGCGUCGAGGCAGCGCCCGCCGUUGCAGCCGUGGAGCUUCCUCAAGAAAAGGACAGCGCUCCUGGUGAAGUGGAGUUCGCGCAGGAGCCAGAGUCAGACCAGGCUGUUGCCACGGACAAGGAGCUUUCGACGGCGCCAGCGGAAGUGGAGGUACUGGAAGUGGCAGGCCUUGAUGAGGUACCAGGUAUCGAGUCCAAGGACAUGCCAGCCGUUGAAGAAGGACUUGCGAACAACGAUGAGUUGCAAAACCUCGACGAAACCCCUAAGGACUCUGAACAGGCAGAUCUGAGCGCGCAUGACACAGGCGACUCUCAGCCUGUGUCCCCUGGAGACGCAACGGAGGUGGAGGAGGGAAGUGACGAAGCCAAAGCCAUCGAUUCCGAAAAGGAGCCGAACACUUCUCUUAUCCCAGGUGUCGGUGCUGCAGAUGCGGCAGAAGAUGCCACGACAGAAGGCGAUACGAUUCCCCUUGCUACUGCGUCACCUCUCGACGAGACCACAACUAGUGACGAGGUAGCAAGCGAGGAGACUGCUUCCCCGCACGCGACUCUCGUCGCUGAUGGUGCUGCGGAUGCCAUCAGCGUCGAAACACCUGCUCAGCUUUCCACCGAGGCGGCAGAUGCGGAUGUUCCACGGUCCGAAGAAGCGGACGCCCCCGCGGACUCGGUUGUCGAAACUGCGACUCGGGAUGAGGUUGACGUCGCGCCCCCAGCCGAAGCUGGCGACGAGCCUGUGCAGGAGAUUCACGAGGAGACUCAGGUUGAGUCCGUCACAGAGCCAUUGUCGGAUCUUUCAGCCGAUACCGCUAUUGAGACCUCAUCAGUCGAGGUGGCCGAGGACAGUCAUGACUCAACGACGGCAACUACGUCUCUUGCGGUUGUAACCUCUGGGGAGGUUGCCGUGAAUGACCUCGAGGCCUCUGCCGAAACAAAAGUCGAACGUGCAAUCGAGCUUGCAAUCGAGCCUGCAACCGAACCAGAAAUCGAACCCACAACCGAACCUGCCGUGGAAACAGCAGUCGAACCCGCAGUAGACUCUGCUAUUGAGCUUCCUGCCGAGCCCCCAGUCGAACCCGCAGUAGACUCUGCUGUUGAGCUUCCUGCCGAGCCCCCAGUCGAACCUGCUGCCGAACCUACUGUUGAGGCCGCCAUUGAGCCCGCUGUCGAGCCCACCAUGAAGGCUGCAGUCGACCCUGCAGUCGACUCUUCACUGGAGCCCGACGUUGAAACUCCUGUUGCACACGCAGUCGAGCCUGCUGCUGUGACAGCAGUCGAAGCCGCAGUCGACCCUACUAGCGAGCUUGCCGUCGAGUCCUCAGUCGAUGGUGCCGAGCCCUCAGUCAAUCCUGCUACCGAGCUUGCUGUUGAAACCGCUGUUGAGCCCAUUCCCGAACCCACCGUCAAGCCUGAAGUCGAAGCUGCCGUCGAGUCUUCCUCGGCUGAGCCUGCUCCUGAGCCUGUCGCUGAGCCUGCUGUCGAAACGGCAGUAGAGCCCGCCGUCGACCACGCUAUCGAGCCGUCCGUCGAUGCCGUCAAUGAUCCCGGCGUUGAACUGGCAGCCGAUUCCACGUUCGAGCCUUCUGUUGAGCCUGCUGCCGAGCCGGCUGUUGAAAGCGCAGUCGAGUCUGCGGCUGAGUCCAUCAUCGAAUCUCCUGUCGAUCCUGGUGCCGAAACUGUCGUUGAAGCUGCUGUCGAGCCUGCAGCCGAGCUCGCAGAGAAGCCUGCAGCCGUGUCUGUUAUAGAGUCUGCUAUCGAGCCUGCCGUCGAGGUUGCCGCUGAAAGCGCUGUCGAAACUGCUACUGCUAGUGCUGCCGAACCCGAAACUGAGCCUGCAGUCGACCCUUGUGCCGAGUCUGCCAUCGAGCCUGUUAUCGAGCUUAAAACAGACUCUGCCGUCGAGCCUGCCGUCGAGUCUGCCGUCGAGUCUGCUGCCGAUCCUGUAGCGGACUCUACCAUUGAGCCCCCAGUGGAGUCUGCUGUCGAGCCUAUGGGUGAACAUGCUGUCGAAGCUGCUGUUGAGAGUGCUGCCGAACCUGCAACCGAGCAUGCUGUUGAGGCCGCCGUCGAGCCUGCUGCCGAGCAUGCCAUCGAGCCUGCUGCCGAGCCUACAUUGGAAUCUACCGUAGUGCCUCAAGAUGGGUCUGCUAUCGAGCCCGCCAUCGAGCCUAUUGUAGACUCAACUGUCGAGUCCGCUGUCGAGCCUCCUGUCACGCCUGCUGUCGAACCUGCCAUCGAGCCCGCUGUCGAGCUUGCUGUUGCGCCUACUAUCGAGCCUAUAGAGGACUCUGCCGCCGAACCUCAAGCCAGGUCUACCGUUGAGCCUGCUAUCGAGCCCUCAGCGGAAAGUGGUAUCGUAGCUGCCAUUGACAGUGCCGUCGAACCCGCAACUGAGCCUGUUAUUGAGGCCGCUGCCGAGCCAAUUGUUGAGCAGGUCGACCAGCCACUGAUUGAAAACUCUACCGAAAUCAUUGAGCCACCUUUUUCAGAAGCACCUGUUGAGAGACCUGCGGAGACACUUGCUGCGCCAAACGACUUGCUCACCGUCGACGGACUUGCAGUGGACCUCUGCACCAGAGAGGCUACAGAAGAUGCCGAACCAGAGACUUCAUCCAUCGUUGAAGUUGCUGCUGAGGCACUUGGUGAUGAUGCACAGGCUGAAUCUAUUCUUGUGGAUCCGUCUUCCGAGGACGCUGCUCAACCUGUGGUCGACGAUGCGACCGACAGCACUCCUUCGGCCCCUGCUGAUACUCAAGACGGAGAGGUGCCCUCUGAAGUCCCUGUCGAGCCGCCCGCCGAAGGCGCCACUGAUACCGAUACUGUACCCGUGGAUACUGUGGCCGACGAUGCUGCGGAAGAGGAUGCCACCGACCGGCCGGAGAUCAUCACAGCCGUCGAGAUCCCUGUUGAGGCCCCUGUCGAGAGUCUAAUCGAAGCUUCUCCUGAAACUGGUGCUGAAAUCUCCGCCGAAGCUCCCAUGGAAGACCCCGUCACAUCUACUGUCGAGCCUCCGACUCAAAUCUCGGUCGAGGCUGAUGUAGAAGCUCCAGUUGAGGCUGCUGCCGCAGCUCCAGUUGAGGGUGUCGUCGAAUCUCCAGUCGAGGCUGCUGUCGAAGUUCCAGUCGAGGCUGUCAUCGAGCCUAUUGCCGAAGCCCCAGUCGAGGCUGUCGAAGCCCCAGUCGAGGCUGUCGAAGCUCCAGUCGAGGCUAUCGUCGAAGCUCCAGUUGAGGCUGCUGCCGAAGCUCCUAUCGAGGCGCCAGUCGAGGCUGCUGCCGAAGCCCCAGUCGAGGCUGUUGCCGAAUUUCCAGUCGAGGCUAUCAUCGCCCCCGUCGAGGCUCCAGUCGAGGCUAUUGCUGAAGCUCCAGUCGAGGCUGCUAUCGAAGUUCCUGUCGAGGCUCCAGUCGAGGCUGUCGUCGAAGCUCCUGUCGAGGCUCCAGUAAAGGCUGUUGCUGAAGCUCCAGUCGAGCCUGCUAUCGAAGUUCCAGUCGAGGCUGUUGUCAAAGCUCCGGUCGAGGCUGAUGUUGAAGGCCCGGCCGAGAGUACGGUCGAAAAUGUUAUGGCGGACCCGGUCGACACGCCCCUUGCAGCAGCAGGUGAUGUUUUAGUCGAGCCCCAAACCGAGUCUACUACUGCGGCCCCCGCUGAGGUUCUCGAUGAGGCUCCGUUUGAAGCUGCUGUCGAGACUGCUACGGAUGUUGCUGAAGCUGCUAUUGGAUCUACAGCGGAAACUUCAGUAGAACCACACGACGAGGUUUCCGCCGAGGAUCCCAAGGAAGUUCUCGUUGAAGAUCAUGCCGAUGCCGCUACUGAAGGCCCCAUUGAGGCUCCCGUUGAUGCUCAUCUUGAGGCUUCAACCGAAAUUCCUAUGGAAACAGCCGCCGAGAUUCCUACAGAGAUCCCUGCAGAAGCUCCUGCCGAAACUCCGGCCGAAGACUCUGUCGAAGGUACGGUCGAGAUACCAGUCGAGGCACCAGUCGAGACACCAAUCGAGGCGCCAGUCGAGGAUCCUGUAGAGGCGAUAGCCGAAGUUCCCGUCGAGGCUGCGGUUGGAGCUUCUGAGGAACCCCCGAAGGCUCCGGUUGAGCCCUCGGCCGAGACUACCGAUGAAUCGCCAGUUGGAGCUCCUAUUGAGACAGAUGCGGUUCCUGAAUCAUAUCAUGUCGUCGAGCCGCCCCACGACGCGCCAGGCGACCUCGGUGCAGCUAGCAACACUCCCACCGAAGAUGCUGUCCAGGAGGCCAUUCCCGUGGAACUUCCCGCUACCUCGAGCGCAGCUGAAGAAGUGCUUGACGAAUCCGCUGCCAAUGACAACCCUGGCUUGGAUGCAGAAGAGCCCGUGCAUGUUCCUGUCGAAGUUGCAGCCAUGGAGACCCUCCAUGAGGUUACUGAAGAAGACGUUGUCGAGGCUCUAGAAGCAAUGGAUGCUUUCGAUGACCAUACUGGCUCUUCUGAGGAACAUCCCGCCGCCGGCCUUGCAACUCCGAGCGAAGACAUGACUGUCGAGUCUCAUCCCGGCAGGCCUGAAUCUGGCAUUGAGGAAAGCGCCAAAACUUCUGGGGACGCAAUCGGAGAUCUCGUCCAGGACGCUGUCGAACCGGUCAUUGCGGGCCCAGCCGAAGAACUUCCAGCUGACGCCACGGUGGAAACGUCCAUCGCCAUCGAUCCCUAUCCAUCGGCGAAUGAGGAGCCUGUGGUCGAUGAUUCUGCGGGCGAUUCGUCCGAGAUUGUCCCAGAAGCCGAUUCCAAAACUGCUGUCGAGGAAGAGAUGGACGGGGUCUCUGAGGCUCACGUUGACAAUGACCAUGCACCUAUCACCGAGCCUGCUGUGGAAGCCAGCCUUGUCGAGUCCUCAACGGUGGAUGGCAACGAAGUGGCUUCUGGGGUCACUUCCGCUGAAGCUGCCCCAGAAACGACAGCCGAAUCACCUGCUUCAGUGAUCGACCCCGAGGAAGCUGCGCCAGCAACGGCUAUUGAUCCUCCUACCGUCGAUGUCGAUGUUGAGGCUCCUGAUGUCGCAAUACCUGUGGAGCUUUCUCCUGAAGCAGCUGCCCAACAGCCUAUUGUUGAGGCUCCUAUUGAGGCUUCCCUCGACAAUCCUGCAGAGCCUGUGCCCGAGCACGCAGCGAACGAUGCGGUUAGCGAGGUGAUUCAGAAUGAUGCAGCCCAGGAACCGAUAGACGCAAGCGAAGAAGCUCCUGGAGAGCACAUGUCUGUCACAAUUGCUUCGGACACCGCAGCCGCUCUCGAACCUCCUGCUGAAGAGCACACAGCGACGAAAACAGUUGAGGACUCGGUUGAGCCUUCCGCUGCGAAGGCUUCAGAAGCAGGUGACCCAAUCGACGAGCCCCUGGAGACAUCCCUCGAAGCGGUUCCUGAAACUGCCACAGAGCCACAUGCAGAACACGACACUCCCGCCACGUUGGUUGAAGGGACUGACCCUGUCGGCGAUAUUGACGUCGCCGUAGAAGUCCCUGACGAGACUCUCAUUGACAAUUCAGAGGAGUCUGUAAGCCGCGAGGGCCCAUCUGAUGCUCUCAUCACGUCUACCACUGGUCUCACCGCAGAGACAGUAGAUGAUGCUGUAGCGCCAGGUUCCAUGACGGAGUGCGCCGAGGCAGUUACUGAGACGGCCCGUGAGCUUCCUGUUGAAGGCCUCGUCGUCGAUGCCGUUCAAUCUUCAGAUGGGCGCGAUCUCGGUCUUGCUCCCGAAGGCCCUGCCGACGCCGCCACUGACGCUUCUCUGGAAGGCAAGCUCAACCUGGUUGCCAAUGAAACUAGUGUCGAUACUCCGACUGAAAACCCUGUUGAAGCUUCAGAGAUUGGGCGGAUGGAAAUGGCUCCCCAAAGCGACGGCCUUAGGGAAGCACUGGUCGAUGAGCCUUGCUCCCAACGUGAUAACGUGGCCCCCCUCCAGGAUAUAACUCAUGAACAGCCUCUGGAGGCUGCCGUCGACGUCUCUGCACCUGCUGAAGUUUCCGAGGUCCCGGAUGAGCCCGCAUCAAUCAGUGCUGCCACUGUCGACGCUGUCGCUGGCGAAAUUGGCACUUAUGACGAGACAGGUGCAGACGCCCCUUCCGAGGGCAGUGAGCCCGCAGCAGAGGCACUUCUGGAAACGUCAGCUGAGGCUCCAGCUGAGGCUCCAGCUGAGGCUCCUGUCGAAACAUCCACGCAAGAUGCUGGGGAGACAAUAAGCGACGCUGCAGUUGAGGUACACGCGCAGGAUGCGGUGGAGAAUUCCACUGCGGCGCCUAUCGAAGCUAUCGCCGAGGCAUCUAUGGAUGUGGCUUACGGAGAGCCUGUUCAAGAUCUCGCCAAAGCCUCUACAGAUGAUCCUGCGCAGCCCCCUGCAGAUGCUCUUCGUGAGGCCAAUCUUGACAGUCUUGAAGCCUCCGGUGACAGGGCCAUCAGGGACUCAACCGAGGCACCGGCUGAGGACACUAUCGUGGUAUCUGAAGAUCACGAUGCAGACACUUCCACUGCGUUAGGUGCUGAGACGAGCGUCGAUGUCACCAUUGAGGCUCCUCUGCCGCAGCCGAUCGGAGAGGCAAGCGAGGUUCUCACUGAGGCUUCCGCUGAUCAAGGGGAUUCUAUCGAGGGUCCUACCAUGGUGCCCGACGUUUCCACCGAUGCUUCCGCGGAGCCAGUAGCUGAGCCCACAGUCGUGGACGUGGAAGAAGUCUCGAACGAGAGCCGAGACCAGACAUCGCAAGAUGCCGUUGACGACGUCAUCGACGAAGAUAAGGCUAUCGGGGAGGUCCAUACGGCUGCUACUGAGGCUCUCGUUGCUACGGUUGGUGAGGAGACUCUUUCCACCGAACCACCAGCAAUUGCUUCCGAGACGACGGCUUCGGGGUUGUCCUCCGAACCCGUCAUCUUGCAUCCUGCUCAUUCGCCCGAGAGUAUUCCCCUCGACACUUCUGCUACUGUCACCGAUGUCCCCAAGACUGGCUCUGAGCCGUCGCUUGAAGCUCCUCCAUCUUGUACGGACAGUAGGGUGGAGACUGUCUUGGAUUCUACAGCAGAUGUUGCGAAAGCCGUUUCUCCUGCGGCUCUGUCCGAUUUUGAUGCUGACAGUGUUGAUGAUGCCUUUGCCACUGCAUCUACCGGAACGGCUGUCGAAAUCUCGGGCCUUGCUGAACCUGAGAGCUUGGAUGAGGUCGAGACUGAUGCCCUCAAGAAGUCAUCAGUGGAAAUGAUAGUUGAGGCUGUGGCUGAGUCUCCUAUUGACCAGUCCAUCGAGUUGUCAGUUGCGAGCUUGGACAAAGGCUCAACGGAGUCUCCUGGCGAAGUUCUCGGCGAACAGCCACAUGAAACGCCAAUCCAAGAGAUCCCAUCAGGCCAGCAAGAUCGCGAUGUUACAGGUGAUACCGCCGAGGCUGCCGGGGCCCCUAUCCAACCUGAGGAGACAACGCAAAAUCUUGAUGGUGUAGUGGCUCCGCCAGCUGGGAGCCUCACGGCCGCUGAGGCGUCUCCUGAUGAAGUGCCAGCUGAGGGCCAAGUCGUGGCCAUCGACGUCGAGCAGCCAGACGAAACCCCUGUGCAAAGUGAUAACGCAGAUUGGGACAAGUCGGACAGCUUACCCGUCAACGUUGCAGCGGCUGCGCAAGUGGACGAACCAGUAGAGGAGCAACCGAUUUCGUUGAGCGUGGAAAACCUGUCGCCCAAUCACCUCGACUCCGCCACGCCGCCAGUAGGUGAGACAGCCGUGGACAUUCUGGAUACUCCGAAAGACGUUGUUGAGCCAGCCGAAGAUCAUGUUGAGUCGGAUCCGGUCCAAGUUGAGACCACUGCCUCAGAACCAGCACGGGACAACGAUGAGCCUGGCUUAGAGACGCCUUCCGGCGAAGCUGAGAUGCCGCUAGAAGAGGCACUAGAAUCAACUCUAGAACCCACCUUGGCUGUCGACAAUGGGGUGUCUACCGACUCGAUUGAAACGGAACCGCUUACCGUGGCCGAUCUCCCCAAGGAGCACGACGUUCUUGAGGGGGCCAUCAACGACACCCCUGCAUCCUUGGAGGAGCAGCCUAUUUCCGCUGAGGCGUCUGGUGAUAAUUCCACUGUGCCCGCUACAACUGGAGAGUCUUCCGAAGAACCCGCCGGAGACACCGGUGGCAAUCAGCAAGAGCCAGAAGAGAAUGUUCUUGGGGAGACGGUCGGAAAGUCUCUCGAAAGCCAAGCAGAGCCAAGCACCCCAGAGCCACCUGAGAAGGACUUACACAGCCAAACGGAAGAGUCCACGGUGAUGCCACAAGUCGAAAGCUUAUCACCACCUACUCUCGUGGUCGCGAGUCUCCCUGAGGAAGUACCAUCUGCUACAGAAACAGCCACAGAGCCUGUAGAAUCCGACCAGCUCGUAUUUGUGGAUGCGCUGGAAAGUCAGGAAGAUGGUACAUUGCCAACAGCAGAAAGCAAAGAUGGCGUUGAUUUGACUCAAUCGCCCAUGAUGGCUGCGCAAGAUCGAGAACAGCCUGAGGAUGCCCGAUCAGGUGACGCGUCAGCUCAUCACCUUGAACUGGGCGUUGGAGCCGCUGCUCUCGCGGCUGCGGCAGGGAUCGCUGUCGGAACUCUCGCUCUCGGCCAGAAAGACAACUCCCCCAAAGACUCGGUCGUGGUAGACCCAGCCGUCGCUUCUGUCACGGCUGAUAAGACUGCCAACAUCGAAUCGCUGCGGGAGGUGCCGUCUCAAGGCUCGCCACUCCCUGACGGCCCUUCAUCGGCAGGGCAGCGUGACGUCCCAGACAAGCCAAACGACAAAGCUGUGGACGUGGUGCAGACAUCUCAAACCACUGCUGUGCACGAUGUUAUCGUCCAUGAUGCAUCUGUUUCUGCACCGUUGGAUGCGCCUAAUGUGUUGGCAGACUUGGAAAGCAAGGCUCAGUUGGGAUCAUUGAGUCCAUUGUCCACUGAAGAUUCCGAGCUUCGAGCGUCAACACCUGCAGUCGUGCUCCCUGACGAAGAGAUGGUCGGCCUCCAGCGUCAGCGGACCUUGCGUCGAAUGCAGAAGCGCGCGGUUCGAGAAGCCGAAGACACAGUUGCGGCAGCUGUUGUGAUAUACGCAACAGCCGAGGCGCUGAGCCCUCCGGAGAGCCCAAGACUUGGGUCGUCCGAAGUCGAAGGUGGCAGCGAAGUGCCGGUAACGGUUCAGCAGGAUGUUUUGGAGCCCCCAGCCACAGAAGCACAGGAUGAUGUCCCUCGUGGAAGAAGGCUGCAUGGACCUGAGACGGAACUGCGGAAAUCUGUUACUGACUUAUUUACAGAGGCCAGAUCUAGGGAGCUCGGUCCCUCGAGCAGUGACCCAGAUAGAGAGCGUCACCGCAAGCACCGACACUCGCAGCACUCGUCGGCCAACUCAAGCAGGAGCCGAGGCGAGGACGGCGACAAGGAAGGUCGUCAACGCUCAUCGCACAGCUCCCGCCGCCGCUCGAACGGGGCUAGAUCCAGUGCAGACAAAACCCCCCCGAGAACUCCACGACGCCAAGACAGUGGUUACUCGGGGGAAAGCUCCGGAAGCUCGGGCAGGCGACGGAGAACAGCCGAGGAGCAAGCCGAUCAUGAGAGGCGAAAGGCGGAGAGGGCGCUCAAGGGGAAAGAGGCCGAGCGACGCCAGACGCCAAGCCGGGACCGCAAAAGCAAGGAGGCAGAAUCUCCUGUGGAUCGCAGCAACAGAUCCUCCCGCCGCCAGAGCUACUCCAGCAACUCACGGUCAGACUCGGCCAGGAUCUCGGCCACCGUGGAGCGAGAACAGUCGAUUGUGCAGCCCGAAAAGCGCUUCUUCGACGUAAAGAACGCUGUGGGCAUCGUGGGACACGGGCCGCCAACGCCACCCAUCAUCCGCGAUACGGUGAUUCCACCUUCGUCGUCCAAGGAGGCAUCUCCACGCGCAGAUGCACCUACGGGCUCAAGCAGCACGCGCAGCAGACGUAGCUCCCGACGACAAUCGACCGACCAGGCGCGUCCCAAGACCCCCAAGUCUCAAGAGGAACAUGCGUCGGAGGAGCAGAAGUCCCCAAAAUCAUCCUCGUCCAAGACCUCGCCCAAGGCCUCGCAGUCUUCCGGUGGUGAGGACGCCGCCCGCCGAGCCAGGCGCAGCGAGCGCAACAAGGCCGCAGACGGCUCCAAGAAGUCGAGCGGCCUCCGUAGUCUCGUCAAGAGACUCUUUACGUCUUCAUAA